UUCCGUUGUUGGACUUCCAAGUCAAAUCAGUUUUAGAGGAGAGAGAAACACGAGAGCGGAGCGAGGGGGGCGACCGGCGAGUCUCCUGCUUUUUGUUUGGUUUCUCUCUCUCUCUUCGAUCUAAAGAGGUUGGAGUCCUAAAUCAUUUCCAGAUCCGAGUCGGAGAGAGCUUAGCUUUCAUUACGCCGUGAAGAUGGCCACUGCGCCUGCUAGAGCUCGAGCCGAUUACGACUUCCUCAUCAAGCUCCUUCUUAUCGGCGACAGCGGGGUUGGAAAGAGUUGCCUGUUACUUCGUUUCUCUGAUGAUUCGUUUACGACGAGUUUCAUCACCACAAUUGGGAUUGAUUUUAAAAUUAGGACAAUUGAGCUUGAUGGCAAGCGCAUCAAACUUCAAAUAUGGGAUACUGCUGGCCAAGAACGUUUCCGAACAAUCACAACAGCUUACUAUAGGGGAGCCAUGGGUAUAUUGCUGGUAUAUGAUGUGACGGAUGAGUCAUCCUUCAACAACAUCCGAAACUGGAUCAGGAACAUAGAGCAGCAUGCCUCUGAUAAUGUCAACAAGAUACUGGUUGGUAACAAAGCUGACAUGGAUGAGAGCAAAAGGGCUGUGCCAACAUCACGGGGCCAGGCAUUAGCUGAUGAAUAUGGUAUUAAAUUUUUUGAGACGAGUGCAAAAACAAAUUACAAUGUGGAGCAAGUCUUCUUUUCUAUAGCUAGAGACAUAAAGCAAAGGCUGGCAGAGACUGAUUCCAAAGCAGAGCCUCCAACCAUUAAAAUCAGUAAACCCGACCCUGGCAAGGGGUCAACUGCUGCUCCAGAAAAGUCAGCAUGCUGUAAUACUUGAGUUUCACAUGAAGAUCAAGGUUGCUCUGUACUUCCCUUGGACAUGUGCUAUAGUUUUGCUGUGCUGGGAAGAAGUUUCCUCUUCACCAUGGGAAGAAGGCCCUGCCCACCCGUUCUUCUCGGUUUGUAACUCCUCGGGUUGUAUUUCUCCCUCAACUUGAAAGGGAGGCAUAGUUUGGAUGUUUUAUAAGAUGUGGGAUACCUGCCUUGCCGCUUGCACAGGUUCUCAAAUAAUUAUUAUAUGGGUGCUUGCUUACCUUUUGAGUGCUUUGACCUGAAAGCUUAUAGAACCUCGUUUACCAUGUCUGGAUGUUCAAGACUAAUGUUGGUCCAGCUUGAUUAUCUAAAUAAUCAGUAGAUAAGUGAUGCAUUCCAUAUUCUUUAUUCUAAUUAUAUUAGGUAAGCACAUCAAUGUCGUGUGUGUGUGCGCGCGCUUAUUUUUGGGGACGAUUGCAUAUUUUUAUUUUUGAUCAAAGGACGAUUGUGUCUGGUUCGAUUGAAAACUAUUUGUUUAGAACGGGCUUUGCCUGGCGUUGUUUUACCAUACUACUUU